UGGCGCGUGACCGCAUAUGUCACAAUCAAGUGGUUGGUGCUUAAGGUGCCCAGGGCUCUUCGCUGCUUCAACUAAAUCAGCAUCUCAAAUGGCUUUCAAGAGCUCCUUUUUGGGUCUGCUUUUUGGUGCGCUGCUGAGUCCGUCUUCAGGAGAAACAAGAGGCGAGUACAAGCCACAAUGCUACGGUGCUACGGACCAGGAGGUAGAGGUGAACCAGCCACAGGGCUCUAUCGUGGUACAAAGGGGAGAUAAUCUAACAUUGGAAUGUAAGGUGACUGGUGGGAGUCGGGCAGGACCUGUCAAGUGGUACUUGGGGGAAGUUUCCAGGAGGACGCCCAUCUAUCAAGAUACUAAACAGUUUGAGAGAGUAACAAGGAAAAUCAAAAGCUCCAGCUCCGAUUUCACCAUCUUCAUCCAUAAUGUUACCUUUGACGAUGCCGGCACUUAUUACUGUGUGAAGUUUAAGACAGAACAUAAAGGUGAAGAAGUUGUGAAAUGUGGACGUGGAACUCAUGUGCAAGUGAAAGCUUCCCAAGACGACAUGGUCAUCCCAGUGGCUGCCGGGGUGGGCUGUUUCCUCCUCGCCAUCUUGCUCUUUGUAGCCGUUUACUUCUACACAAAGAAGAAGAGAGGUAGAAACCACUGCACCUCCAGGCCUGAAGUCCCCUGUCCAGAAAAAGUAAGCAUUCCUCCUCAGACCACUGGCAAUAAAGAGAUUAUCUAUGCAGACCUGCAGGAGUCCAGGGGUCCACAAAGGCCCAAGCAAAGCAAGGCGGAGGAACAUUCUGAAUACGCCGUUGUCCAAGUAACACAGUCUGGCUAGACUCAACAAUGACUAACAGAGAUGAAAACUCUGCAAGCUGCCAACAGAGUCUACAAUGCAAAUUUGAGAAUGCUGUACCUGCUUUGUUAAUUCUGACGACAGACAGAGCUUACGCUUGUCAUUGGAUUUGGCUGUUCUUGCAAGAAGUUUGAAAGGAGGAGGCAAGGUAGCCCUAGGAAAAUGGCUAAUCACUGGCUAUUUAUUAUUGUUGGAGAAGGCCAACCAGCAUUGCAUGGUUCCUUCCACGCUUGCAGAGGGAGACCAGCCAUGCUGAUUAUUUUUAAUAUAAAAAAGGAGUCGAAGUGUUAAAAUUAAACAGGCUCAACUAGGCCAAGCCAUCCUGAGCUACCUCAUUUGAUUACGAGACAAGCAAUGCCAUGGGGGGGGGUUCUAAGGGGCUGAGUGAUGCGACUGCGCAUUUGCUGAAGCUGCUGAGGCACAUCGGGUGACGCAUCAUUGCAGAGGCGGCUCUGGUGCCACCAACAGCAAGCGAAGAGCAAAGACGCUGUUGAAUUCUUUUUGCUUUUGCAGCAGCGUGGAACUUCACCCUGCGCUGGCAGCAAUGAUCUGACCUUCUCCUGCAGUCUUCCACCUCCUCCACCUCCCUUUAACGCCCUUGUGAAUCUUUCAUGCGUUUCCAGAUAGGUUUUUGUUGGAAUGCAUCAAUACCAACACAGCCUCCCCGGCUGUUUUUCUAACAAGCUGGCAGGACAGGAGCAAACGACAGACCCGGGCGAGUUGCUCUGAUUGAGCUGGCAAUUGCUCUGAGCCAUCGACAACCUUGCCUGAAUUGGGGGGGGGGACCCUUUUCUGCAGACUUAUUCCAGGGAACCCUUGCAAUCCCAGGCAUCCAUGGUGAGAGGCUUUCUUAACCUGAGGACGACCCCUAAUGUCCAGAGGAGGCAAUCUCUGGUUCCCCCUUCUCUGUCUCCUCUCCGGGCAGUGGCUCUCUUGCAUCUUCAUUGCAUUAAAACCAGUAGUGUAGUGGCAAAUUCAGAAGGGCAGGGUCCCUUCGUGGUAGUCACAGCCACACCCCCUGCUUUUUUUCCUGCUAGCUUAAGAAUGAGACCUUUGUUAAUGCCUUCUCCUACAACAGGCAACCCUUGGAGCCAAUAAGCAUGAAAGGGGAGAGGGUUAGCUGCUGAGAAGAGUCUUCUCAGUAGCUGACUCACCUCUUUUCACUCUGAUUGGUUCCAAGCAGCAGGAAAGGACAAGGAAGCAUGUUAGAAGACUCUUCAGUGGCGAGCACAUUCCCCUUUCAUGUGGAUUGGUUCAUAGGAUGCUGGAGACAGAGGGACCCUGCUCCCCAAAAAGUAAAGGCUCUAAGACCCCCGAUACCAUGGGUGACUGCACCCCUGAUUAAAACUGUCCUCACGCAACAUGGUCUCGCAAGCUGCCUUUCCCCCUGGAAGCUUUAAAUCACACUCAAAGCUGGCAGGAGCCACUCGUUUGUGAACCAUGUUGCCUUCAGUGCAGCGGAUGGCAAGGGAGGGGCAUGUCUGGUGGUCCAGGAAGCACGUUUAGUUUGCAAAGGGAUUGGAAGGAAGGAACCCAAAAGGCCAUCUCCACUCCACAGCUCACCCCCAUCCGUGCCAAAAAGGCAGGACCACACAAACACCCAGGCAGCUGCCUUAGCCACACUGACUGACAGUGGCGCUACACAGUGGCAGCCGUUGGCUCCAUGUUAGUGGGGCAGUGGAAUCUGCUCUGGGUUUUAGCCCGAACUUUCAAAAAGCUGUCCAAGGUGCGUCAGACUAAUGCCUGGAGCGGAUUCCACUGCCCCACUGACAUGGAGCCACCAGCCGCCAUUAGUUCUACAAGAUUUCAGAUAGGGCGCAGAGCUUGGAAAAGUUACUUUUUUGAACUACAACUCCCAUCAGCCCCAGCCAGCAUGGCCACUGGAUUGGGCUGAUGGGCGUUGUAGUUCAAAAAAGUAACUUUUCCGAGCUCUGGAUCAUAGGGGACCCUCCCAGCUCUACCUGGAGACGCUGGAGAAUAAACCUUCUGCAUGCAAGGCAGAUGCUCUACCACAGAGCUAUGGCCUGUGCACCAUGUAUUAAUGCGUGCAUUUGUGCAAGAACGGAUCUUGUAACCCUGAGAGUAAAUCCCACUGAGCUCCACUGUGUAUGCAAUCCAAACAGCCUGGUGAUAUAGAACAAGAAAGGAUUCAGUGCAGCGCAUAUAGAAUCUGCAGUUAAAGCGUUAAGCCGGUUUACACCAGAGUUUUAGAAAGUUAAUGCGAGAAUAACAAGACAAUGAUGCUGGGGGGGGUAUGCAUGCUGGCCUCCAAACUGAUGUAGUUUUAUGUUCACCGCCCAGAGAGCUAUUGCUAGUCGGGCGGUAUAUAAAUUUAAUAAAUAAAUAAAUAAAUAAAUGUAGAUUGCUUAUUAUUCUUUGUAUACUGCUUCAUACACAGAAUCACUAUGUGGGUUGCAUAAAAUAUUAAAACAACAUUUUAAAUACAUGUAUCACAAGAGAGA